AGGAGUCUUACAAGUUUUAUAAUCACUGUGUGUGUCUACUUGACUCGCAACUUUAACCAGAGAAAUAUAUCUACCAAUUGUUUCCUAUUAUCAGAAAUAAAAGAUUUCGAUAUUCAAAUUUCGACUCGUAAAAUCAAGACCCCAGUACAGUAAACCGCGAAAAUCUGCGUUUUAAUUAACUCAGCUGCAGAUUAUUUUCACUGUCUUGAUUAAACAAGUUAAUUAAAAUGGAAAAUGACGGCACUUCCCCAUCAUUUGUUGAGUCCAACCCAACUUCUGAUUGUGUUGACAAUCGAGAAUCGGAAGUUAGGAACCGGAAGCUAAGAUCGGAGAUGUUUACCCAUUUUUGUUUAACGCCGAGCGGACCACAAUAUUCAUGUAAAUAUUGCUCAGAUUUGUAUAAAAACAGUGCAGGGGUCACCUCAAAUAUGAAGAGGCACAUGGAAUCGAAUCACCCGUCAGAAAUACAAGAAUCAAAGAGCCGAGAUUCAACAAACGACCUCUUAAUUCUUCUGCUCCUAACCAACCUGUCACUCAAGAACGGCUGGUCAAUGCCCUGACAGAAUUUGUGCUGGAAACGGACCAAGCGUUCAUUAUUGUGGAGGAGCCGUCCUUUCGACGACUUUUGGGAUUGUUGAACCCGGACAUACAAAUUCCUGGUCGAACAACAAUGCGUUCCGAAAUUUCCAUUAGGUACCAAACGGAAAAAGAGCAGCUCACUGCCAAACUGCAGGAGAUUCCAGGGAAACUUUCAUUUAUCCUGGAUUGUCGGACUUCUUCCAAUCAAUAUGCAUUCCAAGGUGUAAUCGUUCAAGGAAUAACAAGGGAAUGGGAACUCUUAUCGUUGCCCCUUGAUUUAACCAUUCUUAAUGGAUCUCAUACCGGAGAAAACUUGGCGACCCAACUUAUCAAAGUCCUGGAAGAUUUUAACUUAAUAGAUAGGGUGCACUCCAUCACAAGCGACAAUGCCUCCAACAUGACAACUUUUUUCUCCCAUUUUAAGAGACUUAUGCUGAAGAAGAAUGUUGACUUCAACAUUGAUGAUUUUCGCGUUCGCUGUUUGGCACAUAUCCUAAAUCUGGUCUGUCAGGUGGCUUUGGAUAGUUUACGGGAUAUGUCGGAGGUUGAACCAAAUAUUUAUGAUCUCGACCCUAAAUCAGAUGGGGAAAUGGUGCCUGUUCUAACGAAGCUUGACAAGUGCGUCUGAUUCGUUCGAGCUUCACCUCAGCAGAGGGAACAAUUCAGAAGUCAGAAUUUUUGGACUAGCGGAAAAGGAAUUGCUUUUGGAUAUUCGGACGAGAUGGAACUCUACACUUUUAAUGAUGGAGAGGGCAUUAGAAUACCAGAAGCCGCUGGAGUGCACCCUUCGGAUGGAGUCCAACUUAAUUGGCUGGAUUCUUACUCCGGAACAGUGGAAAAUGGUAUCCAAUAUGAUAUAUUUCUUACAGCCCUUCAAGGAUAUGACGGAGCUUAUGUCGAAGCAGGAUUUCCCCACAAUCUCCUUUUACUCAUUGGUUUACUCUAAAAUCUUCUCACAAUACGGGGUAGACGCAAAACGGAAGUUGAAAGCCAUUGACCCAAAAACCGGAAGAACAUUUCCUACGUGGCUCCGAAACGCGGCAAAAGAAGCCAAUGAUAAACUGGAGAGAUACUAUCCAUCAUCGAAAGGACUUAUGUAUAUUGCUGGAACUGUGCUGGACCCUCGAUUGACAUUACAAAGUAUUGGCAGUCCUUCUACGCUCGUGAGCCGGAGGACAACCCAGAACCGUUUGAAGAAUUCGAGGACAACGAUUUGUUUUUGCAAUUUCAGACGCCAAAAUAUCAAUGAUAACGAGAUUACUCGAUACCUCUCGCAACCAACGCGCAACGGUAAGCCCGAACGCACUGGACAAUGGUGCAUUAGGAUGGUGGAAGAACCACGAAUCAGACUACCCAACACUCUCAAAAAUGGCGAGGGACUUUCUGACGGCGGCAGGUGCAGGAGUCCCUGUGGAGCGUUUAUUUUCCUCAGGAUCAACGCUAUUAACUCCAAAAAGGCAAAAAAUGUCGCCGUCAACAAUCCAAGAGUGUAUUUGUACGAGGGGUUGGAUAAAGGCAAAUUAUCAAGAACGUUUUAAACAGGAUCUUUGUGUCGCGGUAGCUGAUAAAAUGAAAGGAGAUAAUAUUUAGAUAAAAUUUGUUGCAACAUCCUUUUCACAUAAAUAUGUAUGCUGAUUGUACAGUUAAGCAAUUGGUCAGGGAUUUGAGUUACAUUCAUUUGCAAUUUGAUUAAAAGUCAAGGAGGGUGUUUGCUUUGUCUGAAACAUACUAGUUUAGACCAACUUGAAGUAUAAAUGUUUUGUAUAAAUUAAUUGCAAUAAAAAAUUUGGCAUCAUUAGUCGAUUAAAUUGUUAAUAUAUUAAAGGUCCAAUGUUUUAACUAGCCAUGUUAAAUUACAAAUUA